AUGGGGGCCAAAAAGCCACCAAAGGUACCGAAGGUACCAGGAGUGCCAAAUUCAUUCUUCGGUCCGGCGGGGCCCGCAGUUCCAUCGCCAGUACCAGCGCUAUCAGCGGAAGAUCAAGCAGCAGCAGAUCAAGCGGCGGCAGACCUCCUAGCGCAACGGCUAAUAGAAGAAGAUAUGGCCAAGGAAGAAAAAGCAGCGGCAGAUGCGUUAGCGGCAUCUAAAGCAGCGGCAGAUCUAGCAGCGGGUAAAAAACCUCCUGCACAACCGCCGUUCGAAGCUGCACCAGACAUUCAAGAUGAUCCUGUUGCAUUGGCUGCCAGAUUGGCUCCUGCACGCGUGAGAAUUUCGGAUGUAGGAAGAUGGAACUUAUUACCCACACUGGGCGCCGGGCUCCACCCAGUAUCAACGUCUGGUGCAGGCCUUUUGUGUGCCAUGUAUGCUAUGACUCUCAGUUACAGCGCCGCGCGAGAUCUUGCGGCCCCCGUGGGCACACCUGUUCCAUUAAGAGACAAUCCAACCGCCGAGGAGUUGAUAGAAUUUGUGGGAACCGACGAAUUCUGGGCCGAGGCGGUAGAAUAUAUGAAAGAGGCUGAUAUGGUUGAUUUUUUUAAUGCUGCUACAGGAGAACCGCUUUCUAGUAAGGAGAUACUAAGACUAACCAAGUUGUAUAUAUCAGACGAGCCAAGAAAUUACAACAUAACUACACUCUUUCCGAUCCUCAGAUGGCUGAACCGCAAAUACGGAACGCAUUACGUUAUCGGGAGUUUUGUUCACGGAUUCAAUGUUAGAUGGGAUAUCAAAAAUAAAAUCUGGGAGGUAGAUUACCAGGACCCAACGCAGGAUCGAGAUAUGGGAAGAGGGGUCAACCCAUAUUUGUGGCUUUGGAACGACAAUGCAGAGAGUGAAACAAGAUCGCUUCAUAAUGGUGAUGAGGCUAUAAGCCACUGGAUGGGGUUUUCAACAUUGCACAGAAAUCUAGAUCAAGAUUUAAUCGAUGAAUCUGAAGCGUGGUUUGGAAAUGAGGUUGACGCUUAUCUAGAGGAAGGUGUUUGGAUAGUUACGGCCGAUGUUGAAGGAUACCAAGCGGACCUUGAAGAUCACCAAGAUCCUAGAGAGCUUAGAUUGUUUACUGGUCAUUUUGUUAGGGAGCCAACGAUAGCUCCAAUUGAAGAUGCCCCGGAUGGUUACAUGUGGGUACAAGGAGGCCCAUUUUGGGACGGAAUUCUGAACGAAGGACUGGUUGGAAUCGUUCCAAUGAAUAGUAUAAAGAGGAUCACGAAAGACGUUCUCAGAAUUGCACAUGAUGCUGCUGGCGCAACUGUUGCCAAUAUAAUUAAGAACUCUAGCGUUAAAAAAACCGAUAAGGGUCUAUGGCAAGAUUUCUUGGUCCACCGUGCCAUUGAGCCGACCACGAAGAUCGGUGCAAAAUACGCCAAUCCAAAUAACCCAGCAAAGAAGUUUGUUGCAGGUUUCGCAUUCGAAGAUGGCGAAUUUCUGGUUGACACACAAGAACCACUCAGAUAUCUACGCCCUCGCAUGAUAAAAUUGGAUGGAACGAGAGGAAGAGUCAAACCUCGUAACCUUCAGUACUUGGAAAGGGCAUGGAGGCUACCCGAGGUGCUCCCCAUUCCAGCCUCAGGUACCAAGAAGAUACCAACCACUUCAGCGCCGCCUGGUAAAAAAAACCUUUUAGGCACAUCCAAUAAAUCAGAUCCUAAAUACAGAUAUAGACCUACCAUGAAAGCAGAAGACUUUAAGAUAGCGGACCUAAGAAACCACUGCAAAGCUCGAGGCAUGGUCGCCAAAGAUUAUGGGAGGAAGAAGGUCACGAUGUUGGCUAAGCUUAUCGAGCACGAUGAAAAGAACGAUAAUGCUGUCCGACCCACGGGGAAUCAGCCGGCUAAACCAGCUGAUUCUAGCCACUUCCUACCUAUGAGACGUGUCAUGGUAGAUAUCGCAAAAGACGCCGGCCCACCUAAAAUGCCUCCAUUUUUCGCAACAGAAAUAGUAGUGGAGUUGGGUAAAGGUGACAUUGUCAAUCCUGCGACUUGGAUAAUCGAUUAUGAAGGUCAUGUUGGCAGGAUUGAUGAUGAUAAUCUUGAGCCAAUAGAGAGAGCUUGGGGGAUAGAACUUGAUCCAAUCAGGUGGAAUCUGGCUUUAGAUGCGAUGAAAAAGGAAGUGGGCUAUGAUAAGCCUCCCAAGCCCGCAGGUAAACCUGCAAGCAAGCCUCUCGACCCUAACGCUAAUCCUGCCGCCAACCCUGCAGUCAAAACUGCCGCCAAACCUGCAGCAAAACCUGUAGCCAAGCCUGCAACCAAGCCCGCCGGCAAGAAAGUGGCUUUUGAAAAUCCUCCAUCUCCAGGCUCUGCAGCUCCAGGUGUUCCGGCUCCAAAUUCCCCAGCUGGAAAGACGGUAGGAAAAAGACCUGCUUCUUCCUCUGCGGAGCCUGCCAACAGAAAGACAAAGAAGAAGAAGAAGAAGUGA